UUUGCUUCUUCUUCUUCUUCUUCUUCCCUCUUCAGGUUCUUCAACUUCGCAAUCCUGUCUCUGGUUAGGGUUUAGGACAAAUCAGAGAAGAUGUUUGAUCUAGAGAAACCAAUGACAUUGGAGCAUGAAAUCCUCAAGGAGAAUUAUGAUACUCUGUCGAAAGAUUAUGAAAGUCUUCAAGAAAGGAUUCAGCAUGCUGAGGAAGCUUAUGAGGCUAUUAAGUUGCAUAAUGAGAACAAAGCUAAGGAGCUUGAAGUGAGUAACAAACGUUUGCUUGAGGAUUGUGUGAGAGAGAGAAGCGAGAAGGCGAAGGUUAUGAAGACUUUUGAGGAGAUGAAGAAGACAAUGGAGAGUGAGAAGAAUGCUAUGGUUGAUGAGUUGAUGUUGAAGAAUCAGGAGCUUUUGUUGGUGAAAAAGAAGGAGGAAGAAGAGUUGGUGAAAAUGGAGAGUAAGUAUGUUGAAUUAGCUGAGAAGUUUGAUGUUGUUGAAAAGGAAUGUGCUUACUUGAAGUCGCUCUAUGAUGCGGAAGUGGUAGCUUCGGGUACUGCAAGUGCUGUACUCUCAGGGAAUGGAGAGACUGAUAAGCUCAUUGGUCAAGGAGAGAACGAGGUGAAUCAUAACGCAAACAACGCUGUGACAGAUGCGAUAAUGAUAAGUGAUGAUAGCGAUGCUGAACCUGAUAGGCAUCCUCCAAUUGAGAGUAACAUAAGCUCUCAUCGGUCUGUUGAUAGAAACCAAGAAGAAGAAGGCAGGAACAGAGCAAACUCAGCAAAUGAGAACCGAGCUUCGGGAGAAACCAUUACCCCGGUAUCUGUUAAACAUCCACCGCCUUUUUCUACUUCACCAUCGUCAUCAUCAUCAUCAUCAUCUUCAGAUGGCUAUGAAGUUGUGGUUAAGCUGCCUCGUAAUUGGCCUGACUGGGCAAUCCCGAAAGGUCCGGGGAGCGGUUCCAACAAGCCUUAGAACAUUUCAGAUGAAGAGAACACAUAGCCAGAAGAAGUAUAAUUUGAAGCUGCACUCUUAAGUUAAGCUAGUUAUGGAAAUCUUCUUACAUAUGUGUAUAUCUCUUAUUGCUUUCCGUUUUAUCAGGAUUUUUUAUAAUCUCUUUUGAGAAACUAGAACAAACUAUUUUAUCUACU